GGGGAAGAUGAGUUUGAUGAGCACGGAAACCCUGUGUUUGGCCAGAAAAGUUUGCUGCCUCAAUUCGACGAGGAAAUUUACGGCAAAAAAAAACCCUCGUUUUUGCUUGAAGGCGGUUCUGUUGCUGAAGAUAAAGAAAGAAUUGAGAAAGAGGCGAUUACAGAGGCCCUUCGCAGGAAAGCUCAGAAUUUGCAGGUCACUUUAGUGGAACGGCCGGACACGUACACUCCAGAGGAAAUGCUUCAGUUUAAGAAGCCGAAGAAAAAGAGAAGAAAACUUAACGGCGAUAUUUCAGGAGCUCCUAAAAAGAAUAAGUUGACAGCAGAAGAUUUACUUCAGUGUUCAGCAGCAGUGCCUGAACCACUCGUGGAUCACGGCUCACGCCUGCGUUCGUAUAGGAAAAGAGAUGAAGAUAAGGAUGACGAAAGUACGAUUACUAAAGUUUCUCUUCCUCCUGACCUGAAUGGCUCUUUCAAAGAAAACGGAAAUUCAAGGGCCGCUCUGGAUCUUGACUCUAAAAAAUCUGCUGCUUUUCAAGAAGUGUUGGAAGACGCACGUGACUUGGAAACUCUUUUGGCGUUAGAAAGAACAAAAAGACUUAAAGAACGAAAAGUAAAACCGCUUGAGGAUCAAGAAUCUAAACUUGCUCACGCCUUGGCUUUUAGGCGAGAGAAAGAUCUUAUGGUUCUAAAAAAACAAGAAAAGGAAGUGACUAUCAAUGGAGAGUCCGACCCUCUUAUGUUCUCUGCCAAUGAGGAGGCCAUAAGAAACCUUGGCUCUUCGGGUUACGAAUCACACGCCGCUAAACUUUCAAAAAAGUUAAGAAGUAAAGAAGAUAAAUCGGGAGCGGACGAAAUUAUCGUUAGUAACGAAAAGACCGAUAAGUACGCACUUCCGGAAGAAACUUUGAUAAAGUCCAGCGUCUCCGCCGCUCUGCAAGUAGCCAAGACUAUCGGUUUACUAAGUGAUCUUAAGGGUGGAACAACCACUCUGAUUCUGGAUUCUGAGCAGCUGCGGCAGCAGGACGAAUUGGAUUCAAGGACAGAAAGAGAGAAGGACAGAGACAAAUAUCGGCACCGGGCGCGUGAACGAGCUUUAGUUGAUAGAGAAAAAGAACGUGAACGCGAGAGAGAAACUUUAUCCAGAAGAGGCCAACCUUUUGAAGAAAAGAAAGACUAUCGACCUUCAGUGGAGUUAGUAUUCAAGGACGAGCACGGACGUAUACUGGACCAGAAGCAUGCUUUUAAGCAUCUUUCCCAUCGCUUUCACGGGAACGGCCCUGGAAAAAAUAAACUCGAAAAGUUAUUAAAAAAAGAAGCCAUAGAAAAGAAGUUGCAGAGCGUAAAAGCGGAUGAUAUUACGAUGAAUAAAUUAAAAGAAAACAAAAAUUGGACCAAAAGCCUUUGUGGCGGUCGGCGCGGCUGGUGGAAGCAUUGCUGCUGCAUUGAACAUCAAAAAACAGGAUCUGUCUAAGAAAAAAAUUGUAUCUCUGAAAACAAAAUCUUCGAAGAAAAUAAAAAUUGAAAAUUAAUUGUAUUA